UCCACAAGUGCCAACUGCAAACUGACGUUUAGCUCGUCUAGAAGUUGAUGAAUGUGUGGAAUCAGACUGGCCGCGCAACAUCGGCCGCCCUUUUUCUUUCACUCCAUUUCGAGUUCGCAGAGCCCGAGGGUCACUCUGACAAAAAGAAGAUCGAGUGCCAGUGAAACAACAGAGGAAUAAACGGAGUCAUCAAAAAUGUGGUCAUCAAUGCUCGAAGCUGCCAAAAUGAAUCCGUUUGGAUCGCCCUUCGUGACAGCCAAAUGUCAGGCCCAGGACGACGUCCAAGGCCUUGUCCGAGGUCGUACUAUUGCUGCUGCCAGCGCCGAACCAGUCGGUGACAGCUGCGAAUUUGGUUCAAACCAAUACUAUAUGCUAUGCGGCCUUGGAGGUAUUUUAUCUUGCGGUAUUACCCACACCAUGCUGACACCUUUAGAUCUGGUCAAAUGUCGUAUCCAAGUUGACCCAGCAAAAUACAAAAAUGUAGUCAACGGCUUCAAGGUGUCUCUCGCGGACAGUGGAAUCCGUGGUCUUGCUCGUGGUUGGGCACCAACCUUCUUCGGUUAUUCUAUCCAAGGAAUGUUCAAAUUCGGACUUUACGAGGUGUUCAAAGUACAGUAUGCCGAGUUGUUAGGUGAGGAACUCGCAUUCGAGUACAGAACUGGAUUAUAUCUGGCUGCAUCGGCUUCUGCUGAAUUCUUCGCUGACGUGGGUCUCGCUCCUUUCGAAGCUGCCAAGGUGCGAAUUCAAACGAUGCCCGGAUACGCAAACACUCUUCGCGAAGCCUGGCCAAAGAUGAUCGCCGACGAGGGAAUAGGCGGUUUCUACAAGGGUCUGGUUCCUCUUUGGUUCAGACAGAUACCUUACACGAUGAUGAAGUUCGCCUGCUUCGAGCGUACUCUUGAGCUUCUUUACAAAUACGUCGUCCCUAAGCCUCGUAUGGAAUGUUCAAAGGGCGAACAGCUCGUUGUUACGUUUGCCGCUGGUUACAUAGCUGGUGUAUUCUGUGCCAUUGUUUCACAUCCAGCUGAUUCUGUCGUGUCGAAACUCAACCAAGAAAAGGGAGCGACAGCCGGUGGCGUACUGAAGCAACUGGGACCUAUGGGCGUAUGGAAGGGUCUCUUACCCAGAAUCGUGAUGAUUGGUACUUUGACCGGUGCUCAAUGGUUCAUUUAUGACGCGGUCAAGGUAUACCUCCGCAUGCCCCGUCCACCACCACCAGAGAUGCCGGCCAGUCUCAAGGCGAAGUACGGCGUCGCUUAGACAAUGUUCGAGUGCUGUGCGCUUGACAAAAUAUAGAGGAGUUCAAAAAUAAAGAGAGGGAGAGAAAAGUGAGAAGAACACAUGAAAAACUACAAACGAGCUGAUUAAAAAAAUGAAGAAAAUAGACGAUUUUUCAUACAUUGAAAACCUUCCACUACAUAGAAAGAAUGGAAUGAAGAGAUAAAAUAUGCGAUUGAGAGCAGGAAUUUUUAUUCCACGAACGUCGAUACUUUUGAGAUCGACGUAGUCAUGAAAAUUGUAUUAGAUAUAAAUUUUGUUCUUCGUUCUUUUCAACAAUUUCAUUCAGUAUUCGUCGACAACUUACAAAACCACGCGAGAAUCUUAAAUGUGUUUUUCACCCGUGUACUCCGUUGUUGAUCAUUUUGAAAGAGUCGAGUAAGUAAAAAUUGAAAGGAGAAAAAAAAACUAAGAAACGACAAACAGGCUUUUCAUAUCCCGAGUUUUGCGAUGCAAAACUAUUUUUAUUGUCAUCGACUCGAAUGAUACUGUUGAGCCUCCACGGAAAUAGUAUGUAAUUAAAAUUUAGACCGAGCAAGAGAAGUAGUCCAGGCAACUUUAACUUGGAAGUGAAUCUCUCGGACUACGCUGUUGAAGAGACGGAAAAACAAACCGGAGAAAAGAACAAAGUGUAUGUUACUCUUGUUCUGUACAUAGAUUGAGCGCUGAAUAAUAAAACUUACAUCGCUCUAUAACGUA